AAUUCAAUAACUAUCCAAAUCUCAGUGUAAUUUUAAAUUUCAAUCUCAGUUAAAGUUCAUAAUAUAUAAAAUAUUUUUUAAAUUCAUAUAAUGACAGAAGAAGAAAAUAUCGGAUGUGUCGGAAGUUUACUUAGAUCUUUCAAACAUUUAUUCACAAGAACCCCCAAAUAUUCCGUGGUAAAAACAGAACCUAUUCCUAAAGAGGUUUUUGAGCCCAGAUCCAUCAAAUUCCUGAAGCUUUUGGGAGAAGGAGGAUUCGGAAAGGUCUUUUUAGCACUGCAGGAGCAAGAAGAUUCAACAACUGAGCUGUGUGCAGUAAAAAGGCUUGAGAAGUACCCUUUGAUCGCCCAAAAGCAAGUCGACCACAUUAUCUCCGAAAACAAACUCCUCGGUUCUGUAAGCCAUCCCUUCAUAGUUAACCUCCUGGGUUCCUAUAAGGAUGACUAUUACUUAUACCUUGUAAUGGAGUAUGUGUCCGGUGGAGAUUUCUUCGCGUACUUGAGGAAGAACGAUAGGCUAAAAUCCUACGAUGCCAUGUUCUAUGCAGCCCAGGUGACGGCCAUGUUCGAGUAUCUCCACGAUAAUAAUAUAAUAUACCGUGACUUGAAGCCAGAGAACCUGCUACUUUGCAGCGAUGGGUAUUUAAAGCUGGCAGACUUCGGAUUCGCAAAGGUUGUUGAGUUUAGGACGCACACCCUUUGUGGAACUCCAGAGUACAUGUCGCCUGAGAUCAUCUUGCACCUUGGAUACGGAAAAGCUGUAGAUUUUUGGACUCUAGGAAUACUUAUUUAUGAAAUGUUAGUUGGUUAUCCUCCAUUUUAUGAUGAAACCCCCUAUAAUUUGUACGAUAAAAUUCUUAAAUGUAAACUAAAAUUCCCAAGUUUUUAUGACGAGGACGCAAAGUAUUUGACCUCGAGGCUUCUAGUUACCGAUCCAUCCAAAAGGUUCGGUAACUUGCACAAGGGCAUAGAAGAUAUUAAAAAGUGUAAAUGGUUUGCGGCCAUGGAUUUCAAUGCACUACUUGAGAAGGAUUUGAGACCGCCAUACAUUCCCGAAAAAGAAAAGGUUGAUACUGCCACGGAAUACCGUGGAUCUGAAGGAUUCCCUAAAGCAGUAACUGGAGAUGAGGAUCCGUUUGUAGAUUGGUGAUUUGUAGUAUAUUUUAAAAGUAUUUAUAAUUGAUUAAAUGUAAGAUUCCUGAUUAGUAUUUAAAUAAGAACGCUUAAGCGAAAUCUUUAAGUGAAUUUUAAUAAAAUGAACA